AUGUCGAAAAACGCAAAUUACGGGAACUGCUUCUCUUCAAGCGGCGGGUUCGACGCGACUGCAGGGGCAGGCCAGGGAGGUAGCAGCAGCGGUGGUGGUGCUGGUAGCAAUGGUGGCGGUGGUAAUACCGGCGGUGAAAGUACGAGCGGAUCGAGUACGGCAGUUGGAAGUACGAGUGGAUCGAGUACGGUAGUUGAGAACGACCCGCAGGGCGUUCCGUACCAUGUGGACUAG